AUGCCUCUCAACCAUCGGCUUGGACAGGCUCUCACAGAGGCUCGAUCCAAAGCUCGAUCAGUAUACCAUCUACUGCGUGACCGCGGCGUCAACGACGAGGCACGCGUAGCUGUCAGAAAACUUCUUGGUACUCUCCAUAGUCUUUGGUUAUUGUUUGAAGACUUCGCAGAACAAGACACUUCGCCAGCGUGCCCAGACCACACCCUUUUUGACGACUUGAGCGAUCUUCUUGAUGACCCCAGCCUCGCGUGGUCAGCAAGCUCGGCAAGACCAAGAAGCGAGGCUCCUUCUCUCUCAGCAUUUACCUCGAGUAUCUACAGAAUUCAGUGUCAGCUCGAUUCUCUUGUGCGUUGCGACUCUUGGGCCGCCUUGCUCGUGCGCUUGUCGACGGACGGUUACCGCAAAGACGUUCUCAGCCAACACCUGGAUCAUACAGUCGAACUCAUACCCAAACCCACAGAGAUCGAUAGCGACAGGUGUAUUGCCAUACUUCUGAAUGCCGAAUUUGACAAACAAUUGACUGAAUGCUUUGUACACCGGCAAUAUGUUGCUGAGAGAGACGUCAAGUGCCCCGAAUAUGGUGCGGCAGCAAAGCUUCUACCCGAUUUGGCCCGCCAACGAUACACCGAUUACAAGACACCUCUGCACGUGCUUUUUCACUCAAGGAAGUCGUCGCACUUUCUUCAAUGGCUAUUGGAAUACGCCAGGCAGGAAUGGCCGGAGCAGUUCAACCUUAGCUCCGGUGCCCUCUCGAUGACACCUCUGAAUCUGCUGAUGUCGAGACUCGAGGAUGACUCGGUCACUCCUUUCCACGUUGCUGCGUCAUUGGGGCUUCCACGGCUCUGUGAGCAACUUUUGUUAUGGGGAGUGGACGUCAAUAAGCCGAGCUCUAUGGGCACCCCUCUUUACUGUGCAUUGCUCGGUCCAACGGCCCUGUUAGGACGCUCUGCAGACCCCUCACAACUAGUGUCUGACUGCAAGCCUACCGAUUCUCAGGAGGAGACUAUAAAAGUCCUCUUGGAUUCAGGAGCGUCGUGUACUGUGGAAACAGCUGGCCCUUGCCAAGACGAAAAAUUCUCACUGGCAACAUUGGCAUUCCUCAUUUGCCAGGCGAUCCGUGCUCCAAAGAUCCUACUUCAACUUCUCAAGUUGGGCAUUAGCCUUGAUCUGAGAUUCGUACAGCUCUUCCAUGGCAAAGAUUCUCUUCUACAAUACUGGCCAUCGCCUCUCAAGCCACCGACGCGUUCGUUUUUGGAGGGAAUGCUUCCCGCGAUCCUUGACAGAGCCAUUCCCGAAUACGACAGCUACAAUGAUAUAUCACUAUUGGCCACAGGUAUCUAUGAGAUCCUAGACCAUUUUGAUUUGGCUCGUCCUUCUAGUAUUGCCAGGUCCCGACCUCUUGAUGUCUCCGACACCUUGUACGAAGAACUUGUCAGAGAAGCAGUUCAGGAUGGCGAGACGGCAGUUGUGAGAAGGCUUAUCUUGGAUCCUCGUUGGAAUCCAAAUGCAUUGAUGGCGCCCCAGAGAGCACUAUCCGGCGCAUCAUCAGAAGAUGAAUUUGCUAUGGACGAGCCUCGAGAUGGAACUACAAUCCUACACUACGCGGCCGAGACCGACGAAAUAGCUCUACUGGCUGCUAUCUUGACAUCGGGGGAAGAUGUCAAUGUCCAUGUUCGCAACCAUAAAGACCAGACACCCCUGAUGCUGUCAGAGUCGCCCGAGGUCUUUAGGCUUCUCUUGGACCAUGGAGCAAGAACCACAGACACCGAUGAAAGUGGACGUAACGUUUGGCACUUCGCAGCCGCCAAUUCAGACAUCGAGCUACUGGAAUGCCUUCAAGAGUACGACAAGCACAAAGACCACAACCUGAGGGCGGUAAUGAAUGAUGGUCAGACCCCCAUUGCCGAAGCCGUCCUCUAUCCCUUCAGCUCCAUGAGGAAAGGGCAAAAAUUAACGCCCGCAGCUUUAAAAGGGGCGAUUCACAUGCUGGAAAUUUGCAGGCCAAAUCUCGCCUACCUCAAAAGCCCGGAACCUCUCGUUCUUCUGGCUGUCGAAUGUGGCUCGGCGGAGCUACUCCGCAGCUUGAUUGACUUCGGCGCGGACCCCUUCGAAGUUGAUGGAGAAUCUCGGAAUGCCCUACACUACCUCAACGUGUCGGCUACAAACCCUCUGAUUGAUAUUCUUUUGAACUUGGACUUUGAAACCAUCCUCAAUGUCCAAGGACUGUCUCCGGCGGAAACAAUCUUCCAGGUUUUCAACGACAGGGCCCUGUUUGGCCCCACGUCCGCCACUCACCCCGCCAGCUUUUGCGCGCUAGAUGCUGGCGUAUACAGCCGCCUGCUUGACUACAAGGAUAUUCUUGCCAGCCGCGAUGAUUCCGAUAUGGGGCUGUGGGAGCGGUUUUCUCGCAAUGUGUUUGCAACAGAUGCUCCCAGAUGGCCAGCAGAACUGACUAACUCUGCGCAAUCAUCACUGCAAAUUGCUGUGGAAUGCUUGAUCAAGAAAGGAGCCUUGGCCAAGUACGAAGAGGAACGUGGACGGUGCGGUAUCAUUCCAAUCUUCUCGAGGUGGACAGAGAUUUCUGGCACCAAAGGACGGUUGCCCAAGUGGCUGGGAUCAAUACUAUUGCCAAUUCUCGAAGUCACGACGAAGAUAGACGAAGUGAGAGAAUCGCCAGGUGUGGUCGAAUUCAUCACACGGGCCACUGAGCUGGAAAAUCACGAAAUUGCCCAACACUAUUUGAACACGGGGGAUCAUGAAACGGCCCAAUACUAUUUGGAUUUAGGGGAUAUGGUUCCCGAGUGA